AUGACAGAGGAUCCUCAAUGCCCUUGCUGCACCUCAGUGACAGAGACAGCUCUGCAUGCUACGGUUCUAUGUCCCAGCUCUCAUGAUUUGUGGUUGCGAAGUGGAUGCCAAGCAGCCCUCCCCCUUGUCUCCUCAAACUCUUUCGGAGAGGUAAUUCUCAACUGGGCAGAGCACCUCACUCCUGAGUUAUACCAGCGGAGCUUGUUCCUUAGUUGGUUCAUAUGGUUUCGGUGCAAUAGAUGGAUCUUUGAGAAUGCUUGGGAUCCGGAUGAAGCCAUCCUACACAGGCAUAGCAAGCUUGUUGUCGACUUUGACGAGUACACGAGAAAGAUCUAUGGGAGUUCAGCUUCUCCUACUGCUCCGUCCAGUAGAAAGAUUUGGGAACCACCCCCUCCAGGUAUUAUCAAAGUCAAUGUAGAUGCGAGGGUCUCUAAUGAUGGUUGGAUAGGGUUGGGCACUGUUGCUCGUGACUGCACAAGUAGUGUUCUGUUCUCGGCUGUUUGCAGGCACAAGGCUCGAUGGGAUCCCUUAACUGCCGAAAGCAAAGCCGCCUGGUACGGGUUACAUAAGGCAGUAGAGUAUGGUUUCAAUAAUAUCAUACUUGAGGUAGGUUCUUUGGUGUUGGUCAACAAGCUAAAGAAGAAAUCGUUUACUCUAGCAGCAGUUGAUAAUGUUUUGGAGGACAUCGUCUUUGCUAGCGCCAGCCUUUCUUCCAUUGUUUGGUCUCAUGUUAAACAGGAUGGGAACUUUGUAGCCCACCACUUAGCAAGAUUAGUCCCUUAUAAUCAUGAACAAGUGUGGGAAAACUCCGUACCGAACGAAGUUUCCUCGUAUGUCUUGUUAGACUUCCUUUCUAUGAAUUAA